CAACAGCCGCGUCCACCAUCUAAAGUUGCUAUUCUUAACUGGUGUAGUAUUUCGUACUAACGUUAGAACAUCGAUCCAUCUCAUCUCCACUCCAGCUCGCAUGCCUGGGCCUGUCUUCAUCUUACCAGGAUCAAUUUUCCGUCAGUCCACCAAGUUCAGCAAUUGAAAUAAAAGGAAAGAGGGCGAAAAAAAAAAACCAAAAAAAAAAAAAAACCAAGAAGAACCCCCAAAGGACACGCCUCCAAACGCCCAGCGCACGUACAGUACAGUGCUGUACUACUGUACUGCUGCAGGGUUAGAUCACCCCAACUACUGUACAGCACAGCACGCAGUAGCUCAGCUAGGAGGACCCCGUCCGUCAAUUCAGGGUUACGCAUUUUGGGGCUGGGAAGUUAAUUUUUGCCUGUCUGCUGUCUGGGCUGGCUAGUUUUCACCCGUCAUCGAGUCAUCAGCGUUUGAGGAGCCGAGUCCAGCUAGCUAACCGGCUUGCCGGCUCGAAACGACCAAAUACAACGCCCCCUGGCUAAAAUACAUACCUACAUAGGUACCUACCUAGGCAGGCAACAGCCAAAAGAAAAGAAAAGAGAAAAGAGAAGAAAAAUAAGGACAAAAGUAAAAAGGGAUUUAAUUGACCAAAGGGUGCAUCAAAUAAUAGCACCUGGCGCCAUGGCGGCUGCAACUACUAGAUCACCGCCGCUGACGGACUCGCCCCCGAGUGUAACGGUGCCUAGGAAACCGCUCCCUCUACGAGACCUCCCACAGAUUCCAAAUCAGAGUUUGGAUUGGGAUCCAACUGGUUGUGUCAAACCGUUGCCCACAACCCCAGUCCCACCUCUCGGAUCUCCACGAUUGCGACAUCCACCUCGUUCUCCUGUUCGCGUCAGUGUCAAACCCGACAACUGGGCCCAGCACUCGGAAGGAAGCAUCGUGAACCACCACGACACUGAACUGCCGCCCUUGCCCAAGCUGUCUGAUAGAGACAUCCCAAAAACGCCGGAUGCUCCUACGCCCCCAACGUGGAGUCCUGUCACCAGUCAAGCACGGCAGAAAGAGAAACAGCAAGACCUCAAGCACCACCAGUACCACCACCGCGCAAGAGAUUCAGGAAGGAUGGCCGAGGAAUCCGUGCGCGCGGUCCCAGCCCCGACCGCCGAGCACAAGCCGGUGCUGGUGAAGCAUAAUUCGAGGCCCGGGACUGCGUCCCAUGCAGAGAUUGUCAGCCCAGUCGAUUCAAAAGCCACCUUGGACUCCUCCCUACCCUCCGCCGAGUCGAGACCAGCAAACCCCGACGCCCAAGUUUCCUCAGCGACCACCAACUCUACACCACAACGAGCUCACGACGAGAGCCGCAACAGCCGUGAGACCGGCUCGUCCACGCUUAGCACGCAAACCCCGCAGCAGAAUUCUACCGGGUCGUCGGUCGUGACGAGUGCGAGCUCUGCGACGGGAGCAACCGAGGCCGUGGACGCCAAGGACGACUCGCCAAUCGCCUCUGAGGAAAGCUCGCUUGUCGAGGAACCGCACCGGCCGGAUUCGGUGCCGCAACUCCAAUAUCACCACUCGCAGUUCAUUCCUACCCACCCAGGUCUCCCGAAGCACGAUCACAGGAUGUCGUCCACGCCCGACUUGCUCGAGGGCGCAAGCUCCAUAAACCGCCACCUGACCCCCAACCAGUUGUUCCGGCGAAGUUCGAUGCCCCGUCCACAGUCCUCCUAUUCAGUGUACUCGGACGCAAGUCCAAGAGGGCGUUCGCCGGGUCUCCACCCGGGGGCAUCGCCCAUGCGCGCUCCAUCGGCACACUCUCGCGGGUCGCCCGACGUACGACCAACCUCAUAUAUCGAUAUGCUCAACGUGCCAUAUCCGCAACCGGCUCCGGCACCCAUCACCCUGGAUAACUCGCAGCUGCGGAACGCUGUUGGCACCAAUGCAUCACUUUUAAGUACGCAAAAAACGCUCGAGAUGUAUAGGCAGAAUGUCAAGAAGACAAACGACCUGUCGAUCCAGUACUCAUUCGCAGUAUUCCUUAUUUCUACGGCGCAAGAGCAAGGUUUCGACCCGGCCGCGGAUGAACCACCUAAGAGAAAGGGGAGCCCAAAAGCUGAUCGUGACAGCCCCCGCAUCGAGUCGGCGCCGGGCUCCUCGCCGCACGAGCUUGUCAGGGAAGCAAGGAGCAUCCUCCAGAAACUUGCAAGCAAUGGAUAUCCAUUUGCGCAGUAUUACCUUGCGGACGGCUACGCAUCUGGACUAUUCAGCAAAGGGAAGGAGGAUUACAAUGCAGCAUUUCCCCUCUUCGUCCUCGCCGCCAAGCACGGCCACGCCGAGUCGGCAUACCGCGCAGGCCUAUGCUAUGAGUUUGGCUGGGGUUGCCGAAAGGACCCGGCCAAGGCAGUCCAGUUCCUCCGUACUGCCGCCUCAAAGAGGCAUCCGGGCGCCAUGACGCGGCUCGGAAAGGCGUGCCUUUCUGGUGAUCUGGGCGAGAAGCGGUACAGGGAAGGCAUCAAGUGGUUGAAGCUCGCAACCGAGUCAGCCGACGCGCAGUACAACGGGGCUCCAUACCACAUGGGCUGCCUGUACGAGACUGGGUAUGGCGAUGACAUCUUCAAGGACGAGAGCUACGCCGCCGAGUUGUUUACGCAGGCGGCAGAUCUGGGGCACCCCGAGGCGAACUUCCGCAUGGGUGAAGCGUACGAGCACGGCCUGCUCAACUGUCCUCGUGAUCCGGCGCUCAGUGUGCACUUUUACACCGGUGCAGCCGAACGGGGACAUGCAGGCGCCAUGAUGGGACUUUGCGCCUGGUAUAUGGUCGGCGCCGAGCCUAUCUUGGAAAAGGAUGAGGAGGAGGCGUACGAGUGGGCGCGUCGUGCUGCGGAGCUUGGCAAUGUCAAAGCCCAGUAUGCCGUUGGUUAUUUUACAGAAAUGGGUAUUGGAUGCAGACGUGAUAUUCUUGAGGCCAACGUCUGGUAUGUCAAGGCAGCCGACUCUGGAGAUGAGCGUGCCAAGCAAAGAUUGGCAGCCAUCCGUGCUGCUGUCAGUGGAGGAACCCCCAUGGAAACCGCUCCACCACGGAAUGGUAAAAUUAAGAAGAAUGCCGGCGACAAAGACGAAAGCUGCGUGGUCAUGUAAAAAGAAGGAAAAGAAAAGGAAACUCACUCCCGAAAACCUUAUGGCGAAUAAUAGGCUCCAAACACCACACGACGAAAAGCCGAGUCCCAGAGUCUGGAGGAACUUUGUUCACCAAGCUCUGAGGGCAACGACUCACCAGCUCAAGCACUCAGCAUGCUAUUUACUCCUGACUAUGGCGGUGAUUUACCUGUUUUUCGACGCUGGACAUCCAAGGAACAUAAAGAGAUGGGACAUUGUGCGUUGACUGCCUCUUUUUGAAUAAGCAUCAAACAAUACCCGCCGCAUGGACUUGGCCGUCUUUUACAGACCCGAGUUUUAUUUUUUCGUCAAACAAAAUCUCGGCCUCUUUAUGAUAUCUUUGGAUUCCCUCUACCGUCGAUUAUCUACUCUCUUCAUUCCCCUCACGCUCUGCUUUCAAACAAAUCUACGUUAUACUCCUUAUUUUUGCACUGUUUGGACAUAUCUCCGAUGGGAUAACCGGAGAUCGUUGCAUAUUGCAUUGUACGAGGUUGGGAACACUAUUUUGGAAGCCACCGUAUGCGAGUAGCUCUCAGUGUUGGGAGAGAACAGAUCGCCCCCAUAGCCUUCCUCGUACUGCAGGCGUUUUGUGUUGUAUUUCUUCCUCUUGUGUUAGAAUUCUUGAUAAUCAUCCUCUGGUCUCGUGGGGUUCGGCUCAUUCUGGUUUGCUGGUCUUUUCAAUCGCAUCCCGACACGACAAAAAGAAAACGCGACGAGACACGUUGAAUAUUCAGAACCUCAAUGUUUCUGUUCUUUUCUUUCUUCUCCUUUUUUCUUUCUUUUUUUCUGCUUCAUAUUUGGUAACCGCAGUUUUGUUUUCAUGUGUGGUGCAAAACAAUACACAUCAUCAAACUGCAUCCGGCACACACAUGGGUGAGAGAUGGAGUUGGCUGUUCUUUGAUCAAGGACGGAACUCCAUGAUAGGCAAGACAAAAAGAAAGGCUAAUAUACUAGAAUCUGUAUACCAGUCAAUACACUAAUAGCUUUUGCGUUGAUCACGGCAAUUGGACGUCUUCAGCUGGUAACCUCUGCCUACUUUUAGGUCUAGCUAAUAUAGCAAUAUGCCUACUUCGUACUCAAG